AUGCCUAAAUUCAGAAGACUGAGGAACAUUUUCUCCAAACUGAAGCCAAGGUUCGAUAGGAACACAGACAACUUACAUCAAAAGGGUGUGUCGUACAGAAAUAUAUCGCUCUACGAUGCCGCACGCCGAGGCGAUGUAUCCGCUGUGCAGCGCAUACUCAGCAAACAUGAAUCUAUCCAAGAACCUUCACAGUCCUUGCGUGCAGCAUCCAGUAAUGGUCACGCAGAUGUGGUUCUUCUGCUCCUGCAGGAUGGCGUGGACGCAAACGCAACCGAUAAUAUGGGAUAUACCGCACUCCAUAGGGCAGUGUAUAAUGGUCACGGCAAGGUCGUUCGUUUGCUAGUCGAACAUGGAGCAGAUCCAUUCCUAGGGUCGGUUUCGCCGAUGGAAUGGGCAGAGAGAUUAUGGAAUGAGGAUCCUCUGGCGUUAUUUCAAGAGUUGGUUCGAAGAUAUUACCCAGAAAAGUUAAAGGAGCAACCAGCUUCAGCAAAGAAGGCUAUAAACCAAAAUGGUUUGCAUGAUAGGGCCAGGGCUACUACCAGUCGAGGCCCUUGGCCAGAUCGGGAUUUUCUUUACAAGGGGGAGAGGAUAACAAUGUCGCCUUCUAACCCCGCAUACUGGGAUUGA